AUGACUCCCCGCGACAAACAACACUCGUUCGUUUUCAGCAACCAGGCAGCGCACCCUGACGAACUUCAACCAGCGCUUGCACAAUGUCUUCAAAACCCAAGACAAAAGUGGCUUGCAAGUCUUGUAAUCUCCGCCGAGUCAAAUGCGAUCGGACCGAGGACAGAGCGUGUUUCAACUGUCGAGUGGCCGGACGGGAAUGCCAGCCGAUCGUCUCACGACGUGGAAAAUACAAGCGUUCCAAUAUUAGAAGCCAUCGGGGUGGAUCAGCUCGUCGAGCAGCUGUUCAAUCUCAAGAUGGGAGUCGCGCUUGAGACGGCUGGAGUCGAACAUUAUGGAACUGGUCAACCGUGCAGCCCGGGCUUUAUCAACAGGGCCAGUGACCCAGGUCGCGGCAAGGAGAUGGUAUACUACGGAGACUCCUUCAAUCUCAACUACGUCCUACGCGAGAUGGUGAAUCCGUUCCAGGACGAUUUUGACAGCUCGUCCUUGAAACUUGGCAUUGAGGAGUUGUAUUUGAACCACUUGGGACAGUCGACGAAGGAUCAGCUCGACGCUCAUGAACGCAGCGAGCGCAUCCGCUUACAAGAAAUGGGCGCAUUCCAGCAUCUCGACAAAGAGAUAAGCGACGCACUUAUCCAGUCGUUCUUCGCUGUAGUGUAUCCACUCUGCCCUAUCUUCGAUCUGUCAGAGUUUGAUACCAAGUACAACGCAGGGGAGAUCUCCCCGCUUGUAUUGCAGGCGCUGUAUUUUGUCGCGGCGGCUCACUGCGAGUUGUCAUUGAUCGAAAAAGCGGGAUUCUCCAGUCGCUAUAUAGCCACCUUCACAUUCUAUCAAAGAGCAAAGGCAUUGUACGAUGCGAACUAUGAAUCGGACGCUAUUGCUACUGUCCAGGCCUUGUACCUUCUCUCCUAUUGGUGGGGUAGCCCUUUGGAGCAAAAGGAUAUGUGGCACUGGACUGGGCUUGCUGUUGGCCUUGCACAAACUCUCGGUUUGCACCAGAGCAAGGCAUAUGAAGGUUUGCCGGAAAGGCAACAGAAGUUGUGGAAACGUAUCUGGUGGACCGUCUAUAGUCAUGAUAUCCUUAUAGCCCUUACGUUGGGCAACACUCCGCACGUCAAUGAGGCAUAUUGUAGCGUGACCUUGUUGUCCGAGGCAGAUAUUGAAGACGAUGAGGACGACUUGCAGGAUACGUAUCUGUUUAGAAGUUACACUCAAGGAAGUCGCCUGUACAUCGUUUAUCUUGUGGACUUGACCAAGCGAGUCAGUCAGUGUCUCGAGGCCCUCUUCGGUGCCUGCUCGGAUGAGUCCAGAAUACAAACCAGUCUUGACAGAAUCUCAUCUUGGCAAACGACCCUUCCCCAAGUCCUACAGCGGAACAACUCAACAAUUUCUUUGCAGGAUGGCUAUUGGGAGUCUCUGAUCCACCUGAUCUACAAGUACAGUCAUCCACAAUUAGUUAGAUGA